CCAAAAUUCCUGACACGUGCCGAACGGGAAGCGAUAGCAUUGAAAAAACGAGAGGAAGAAGUGGCAAAACAACGCGAAGAGCAAAAAGCUUUGCUUGAACGGCGAAAAGCAUUUAUACAGGAUGGCAAGAGAAUCGGAAGUAAAAGCGCCUUGAACUUGUUUCUCAAGCAGUCAUCGAAAGUACAAACAAUUGGCGACGGUUUCAACGAUUGA